AUGGAGGACGACAAGAAGAUUUAUGGUGACGACCACACCGCCGGUGUCCACGCAGCUGGGGACAUCGAGUAUGGACAGCGCCAGGAGGAGUUCUACGAUCCCUCGCUGGAGAGCAAGUGGACACGUUUGGGUUUGAACAUUGAGAGUUUCAAGCGGGCUCCCGGUACCACCAAGGGUCUGGUUGUUCACGGUGGCGGCGCUCCUGAGCUCGUCGGUCAUGACAACCCUCUCCUCCAGCAGAAGAUGAAGCCGCGCCAUUUGCAGAUGAUCGCGGUUGGAGGUUCUAUAGGUACCGGUCUCUUCGUCGGUUCCGGUGGUGCUCUCGCUCGCGGUGGUCCCCUCGGUAUCCUGAUUGCUUGGGUUCUCAUGGGUAUCAUGUUGAUCAACGUCUGCCAGGCUCUCGGUGAAAUGGCUAUCGUCUUCCCUGUCUCUGGCGGUUUCUACACCUUGGCUUCCCGAAUGAUGGACCCUUCUUUUGCCUUUGCCAUGGGAUGGAACUAUGUGCUCCAAUGGGCCGUCGUACUUCCUCUUGAAAUUACCGUCGCCGGAACAACCGUACAAUACUGGACCAACGUUGUGCCCCUCGGGGCCUGGAUCACUCUCUUCUUCCUCCUCAUCAUCUUCUUCUCCAUCCUCGGCACGCUCGGUUACGCUGAAGAAGAGUUCUGGUCAUCCUGCCUGAAACUCACCGUCGUCGUCAUCUUCGUCUUCAUGGGCAUCAUCUGCAUCUGCGGCGGUGGACCCAAGAGCGGCGAGUACGGCACCUACGUUGGCGGGCGGUACUGGAGCAACCCCGGUCUUUUCGCGAAUGGCUUCAAGGGUGUCUGCUCCGUCUUUGUGACUGCUGCCUUCUCCUUCGCUGGUACUGAGCUCGUCGGUCUUGCCGCUACCGAGACUCCCAACCCGCGCAAGUCCAUGCCGGCCGCCGUAAAGGGCACCUUCUGGCGGAUUACCAUCAUCUACAUCACUUCCCUCCUCAUCAUCGGUCUUGCCGUCCCCUACAACGACCCCCGUCUGGCUCAAGGCUCAGGCGCCGGUCGCUCCCCCUUCGUCAUCCUUGUGGACAAGGCCGGUAUCCCCGUCUUCAACCACAUCGUCAACGCCACCAUCUGUAUCUCCGUCCUCUCUAUCGGUCUCUCCUGCGUCUACGCUGGCUCCCGUACCCUUACCGCUCUUGCCGAAACCGGUUACGCUCCCAAAUUCUUCACAUACGUGGACAAGUCCGGCCGCCCCCUCUACUCCGUCCUCUUCAUCCUUGCCUUCGGCCCGAUCGCCUACGUCAACCUCGCGGAUGUCGGAGGUGCCGUCUUCGACUGGCUUCUUGCCCUCUCCGGUCUCUCCACCCUCUUCACCUGGUUGGCCAUCUGCAUUACCCACAUUCGGUUCCGCCAGGCCUGGAAGGUUCAGGGCCACUCGGUGGAGGAGCUCCCCUUCACCGCUGCCGGCGGCAUGUGGGGUUCCGUCUGCGGUGCGGUUCUUCUUGUCCUCGUCCUGAUCGCCCAAUUCUACAUUGCCGUCUGGCCCCUUGGCGAAGCUCCCACCGGUACCGCCGCUGCCGAGGCCUUCUUCAUCUCGUACCUCGCCGCACCCAUCAUCCUCGGCUUCUGGGUCGCCGGGUACUUGUGGAAGCGGACUCUUCCCAAGCGCGCCUCGGAGAUCGACCUGGACACCGGACGCAAGUCUUGGUUGACCGUCGAGGAGAUGAGGGCUUACCGGGCUGAGAGGGCAAGUGCGCCCAUGUACCUGCGGGUCUACAGGUUCCUUUUCGGCGCCAAGUAG